GUACCAUUGGUUAAUAUUCAAAUAAAAACACCUUUGGUGCGUAUCCGCAGUGGAGCCGUUAUGCCAGCUUAUAUAUGGGGAACUCCUGAUUUAUCUCCCAUGGUCUUGGGCACCUUGUCUAAUAUGCAUAUAACAUGGUCAACUAAUCAACCCGAUGUAAUUAAUAUAUACAACGUUUUUGCUGAUGCCGGCAUUGAAUACUCUGAUACUGAUUUAAUUUCGGUUCGUAUUAAGGCAUUAAACCCUGGAAAAGCAAAAAUCCAGGCAACCGUUCAAUUACCGGGCGGACAGAAAAUCUCUACUUUUGUCGAAGUAGUUGUUUUCAAACAACUUGAACUGGAAUCUCCAAAACACAUAACCACGGAUACAAUUUUGCUAGCACCACGUAGCUCCAUUCAGUUGAAAGCGAACUUAGACGAUGUCCUCUAUAGACUGUCCAGUGAUAGUAAUACCAUUGUUAAAGUGACGCCAGAUGGUAUUGUACGGACACAAGAGACUUUGGGCAGAGAUUUAGUCAUUGCGAAAACAUUUGAUCAAACUUUAGCCAUUGGUAUUGAGGUUAAAAAUGUCCAAUACAUUAUGGCCGCGCUGGUGUAUCCCACAAUCAAACUAAAGAAUACCGAAGAGAAAAUUCCACGUGGCAUGAAUUUCGCGUUGAAAGUUUCAUUGCAUGACAAUUUAGGCAAUGAAUUCUCGCACAAUAUCGAAGAUGUCAACGGCUUGAAAUAUGAUUUAUCUCACAAGGAUAUUGUGGAUGUUCAAAUUGGCAAUAAUUUAACUGUUGCGAUAAAUCUGCCACGUGAAACGAGCAACAUGAUUGCCAUAAGUUUAAAGGAUGCUACGGGAGUUAAGCAUGCUGAGGAUUAUAUCAAACUGUCAGUUGGCGAUUCCAAGCAUAUUUAUCCAACUAAGACAAUUUUCUCUGUCGGUGACAUUAUAUGCUUUGAUUCUCCACUGCCAUUGUCAUCGAUUUGGAUGAGUUCGGAUGAACAAAUUAUCUCCAUCGACAGUCGAACAGGAGUUGGCAGAGUACUUGGAAAUCGUUAUAAAUUGGGCGAAAAAGUGCUCGUUACCAAUGGCGAUAAGGCAAGCGGCAAUUUUAUAAAAUAUGAUGUUGAAGUUCGUGAUGCCGAUGUGAUACAAUUUGAAAAAUCUUAUGAUAUAUUUAGUGGGUCUCUUUAUCGUGGACAUUUUGUUGUGCGCAAUCAUUUGCAAGUUGAUAAAUUUACAAAUUUGGUGGCCAAGAACAUCUCAAAAUGCUCCACCCUAUUGGAGAAAAUUCCUGUGAAAUUAUUCACAUGCGUCCUUAAAUCGAAACAAACAUUGGGACAAAAACUGCUGGAACACUAUAAGGUUACACCGAUAUUUGAGGCUGAAACAGGUCGCUAUGCGUGUCAAAUUGAUUUGAAGACAACGUUUAAUGAGGUCCUGUCUAUUGUCAAAACCAAUGACAUUCAUUUUGAAAUGGAGGUUUCUUUGCCAAAUGGUCUGACCGAUAAUAUUUCACUAAAAUUUGUUCCCGGUGUUAAAGUGUCACCUGAAGCAUUUGCUUCUGAAAAUGAUGCAGCUGAACAAGAUUUAACAAUAACUGGUCUUGAUAAAGUUUUGCAGAAAGUUGAGGUCAAACCCUCAGAUCCCGCAUAUUUGAAAGUGUCUGUACACACAAAAGCCCACGGCUCUAUUCAGUACAAAAUAAAGAUUUUGAAACAACUUCCAUUGGAUGAGCAAAUAUUCGUUCAUGUUGUGUCGCCAUCAACAAUGCAGGAUAUUCAGAUUCCAGUGCUGGGUUCGACAACGCUGCAGAAGUGCUCCAGUAAACCAUUCAAUACGUCAUCGGCCUUCAUGGUUAAAUUAUUGUCAAAUAUUGGCUUAAUUGUUAUUGCCAUUGUUAUUUUGGCCGCCACGGUUUGGUUGUAUUUAUAUUUGAAUCCUUCAAGUGGCACCACUCAAAUAAACCCAGACGUGUUUUCAACGUCCGCAAAAAACAAAUCCCAGUUCUCACAAAGCAGUAGUUCGCCCGGUUCACCCAUAAGUCAUUCGCCGCAGGGUCUGCGCUCUCCAUUUGCCAAUCGUGGUAGCCCGGAGAGUGUUGGCAGUUUAUCGCCUGGAAAUGAUUCUUUAGUUUAUGGCGACACAAGCAUAGUAUCCCCCCAAAAAAGGAUACAUCGUAGAUAUUUAUGAGAUGAUAUUCUGUAAUUUAUUUAUAUUUUAUGAGGAAACACUGCCACCAGCAAAAACAACAAUAUACAUACCAAACAC